AUGUCUGCUACGGCGGCGGGACUCGUACGCGAGCUGCUUGUCGGCGGGCGGGGUGAUCUUGGCGGCGGGGAAGAGAGGGGCGACGUCGACGAGGAGGUGCUUGUCCCUCGAGCCGGGCAGGCUGAAGUAGAUCUGGUCGUGCCAGGAGCCCUGGAUCUCGGCCAGGAGGUCUGCGGGCGGGACGUCCCUGAGGCGGGUCCUGUCGUCCCUGUCGGGGUCGUAGCGGAAGAUGGCGCCGGAGACCCUGUGCUGGGCCUUGCCGAGCCAGCCGUCCUCGAGGUACUGCAGUAUGGCCUUGGUCCUGGUCUUGGGGCAGGUGACGUAGCAGGUGUCCGCCACGGAGACGGAGAGGGAGCCACGCAGGAGGCCGCCGAGGUGGGCGGCCGGGUGGGUGAGCCGGUACUCCUCGUUGUCCCGGCGGGCGAGGGUGAUGAAGAUCCCGAGAUUGUGCUGCCCGGGAGUGACGCGGACGCUGGUGCCGGUGAACUUGGCGCUGAUCUGGGUCGAAGCCGCGGGCGGUGA